AAUGAUCGCAUCACUUCCGCCAAGAUGGUGAAUUAAAAUUUUCGCCCUGCAAUAAAAAAUAAAUAUAAACAUUGCACUGUAUACGAUAGGAAAUAUCUCUAGUAAAUAAAUACCCCCCUGUUUAUAUUACGCCAGUCAACCAACUGUUGUCUUAAGUUUCUACUAGAAAAAAUGUUCAUGUAAAAGAUUUCAAACAAGCAUACAAAAGAAUUAUACAUAUAAGCAAAAUAAAAAUAUCUUUUAUUCAAUACUUGAAUUGAAUUUAGUAUAGAUGUAAAAGGUGUUAUAAAUUAUAAUGUAGUAAAAAAAACCCACACAAAUUUAUUUAACAGAAAAAUGACUUAAAUUGCUAAUUAAUUAUUUUAAUGUUAAGUUUAAAAACUGCUUUACAAGCUGACAUUUAAAAAGAAUCAAUGAUUUAUAAAUAAUGGAUGCAUCCAAAAAAUUUGCAUCCAAGGAUGCAGAGAUUGACUACUGGAAGAACCUAUCAGAACAGUUUCAGCAAGAGUUAAAGGAAACCAAAGAUGAGCUGGAGGAAUUCCAAAUUAGCAGCCACGAGUUGGAGCAGGAGCUGGAGACCCAACUGAAACAAGAGGAAAAGAAAAACAAGGAGCUUUCUCUGGCCAAUGAAAGACUACAGAGUGAAGUGGACUCUCUAAAGGAGAAACUUCAGAAACUCCAAGCUGACAGUUACAAAAAACUGACAGAACUGGAAGAUAACUAUGCCAGAGUAGAAGCUCACAAAAAUGAGUUACAAAAAUAUAUCAGGGAGUUGGAACAAGACAAUGAUGACUUAGAAAGAGCUAAACGGGCAACCAUAGUCUCAUUAGAAGACUUUGAACAAAGACUCAACCAGGCUAUAGAGAGAAAUGCAUUCCUAGAAAGUGAACUUGAUGAGAAAGGAGCUUUGUUGGAGACAGUGCAGCGCCUCAAAGAUGAGGCCAGAGACCUGAAGUCAGAAAUAGAUAUUCGUAAACACCAGGAUGUUGGCGUGAAAGAUGGGGAUGCUUGUCUUGGUGUAGCGGCACUCCCUAUGCAGGACAGUGGCUAUGCUGCCCAAGGUACUUCACCGACUACACCCACUACACCUAUGGGACGAGUUCCAGGUGCUCCAGGCAUUAGUAAUGGAAUCUCUGGCACACCUUUGACUUCAUCAGCCAGGAUCUCUGCCCUCAACAUUGUGGGAGACUUAUUAAGGAAAGUUGGGUUUUCAGGAAGGUUUCAGCGUAACUCCAUGGAAAUUAGACCAGACACUCACCAUUUACCCCCUAAACAAGACAGUUUGGCUCUAGAAUCAAAGUUAGCUAACUGUAGAAAUUUUACCAAGGAUGAACCUCGCAGCAAAACUGGUACAAGUCCGUUAAAUUCACCCAGGUCUGAGCUUGUUAUGGUUGGCUCUGGGAUAAGGACAAAAAGGUGUUUGACUCUAAAUGCAUGAAAGGACUGCUCGACUUAGCCGAGGCACAUCCCAUUUAGUUCAACCCAGCAAAGUCAAACUGGAAGCAUGAGGUUGUGGCACUCACUUUUAUCUCGACAACAAACGUAUCAAGUCCAUUCAAGUUUUAGCCUGUUCUUGAAGGAAAGUGUUCUAACUGAGUGGAGCAUAUAACAGAUUUUCCAUUUUAUGUGUAACUAUUGAUUGGUGUUAAGUUAUUAUUUUUUUUUAGCAUAAAUUGACAUCAUUUAUUGAAAUGUUGGAUACAGCUGAGGUCUGUCUGUGUUACAAACUAUAUUGGUGCUUUUUGAAUAUGACUGUGUUUAUUAGAAAGUAUCUUUAUUUAUUCAUAGCAUUUACUUUUGUAUGACAUUGUAGAAAAUCAAAACUAGUUGUUUUUUUUUUUACUUUGUCUCCCUUGUAAAAACUUUUUUUUUCCAUUGAGUAGUAGUACACUAAGUUAUCUGCCAGUUAGGUUUAAACACUGAUUAAAGAAGUUUUGACAGAAAAAGAUCUUGUAGUUUUGAACAGAUAACAAUAGUGAUGAUUUUUUUUUUUUCAUGUUCAGCUGUUAGCAAGCUUACUUUGUUUUUAAAAACAUAACAGACUAGGCACAACUAUUUAUUCUUGUACUCUCAGAAUAUCAUUAGCUUACACCAAAAGUAAAAGGCAUAUAGCGUCAGACAAAACUUAGAAGUUUGUAGCAGUUUGAACCAAUGUAGCGUCUAGUCGAGAAUUUCAUAUCAAAAAACUUGUACACAAUUUAUUUAAGAUUUUUGUUUGCUAGCCUCUUGGAGGUUAAACCACAUUUUUGUAAAUACACUCUGUUUAUAUAGUCGCCAAUGUUAUCACACACAUUGGUGAUUAUUUAUGGAUAGAUGUCAUGACUCUGACAUUACAGUAGAUUAGAAAUUUAGAAAUGGAAUGACAAGAAUGUCAUUAGAAAAUGUGCAGUGUUGGAAUAAUAAUACUAAGGCUUGCGAGUCUGAAGAUUAAGGAGGAGCGCAGUAUUUCAUGUGGCUAGGCAGUCCCAGCUCUGUCCUACAUGUUUUGCCACAUCUAGCACAGACAUAACCUUUGGAAUUACAAUUAAACUAAAAUUAAAGGAUUACUUAAUGAACAAAAUCUAUGAAUUUUUUUCCCCUCAAAACUAGAGCUUGUCUGGCAACUGUGUAGUGGGACAGCUCUUGUCAGGUUGAAACCUUGGGUUAGUCCUGUACAACUUCACUUUGUAUUGCUGAAGAUGAAAUCCUAUUGACGCUGUAUGAUAAAUUGAUACUUAGUAGAGGCUGUUUUUUUUAAUAUAUUUUGUGAGAUCCCUAUUGGUGUUCUGUCCAUCUUCUUGGGGUAUUAGUUCCAGUUGAACAGGUCAUCAAGCAUGAGAACAGUUUGCCUGCUUAUUCAAAACUGUUCAAACUGUUACCAAAUGACUUUCCAACUUAGUUUAUAUUGAAAAGAAUGCCUGCUUAAUCAGACAUUUAGAAAUAUCAACUGAGAUUUGGACAUAUAAACUGAUCUUUCUGCAAGACCUACUCAGGAAUAAUACAUUUUAAAAAAUAUUUUGGUGUGGGCUAAAUUCUUGUUGUCAUUAGGAAAUCAUGGCAUUGAUUCUGGUUGACAUUUCAGUUGUUUUACAUUUUUGUUUUAAAUAAUGUCAUUUACAUUCUGUGUGUCUUAUAUAGUUUUCUUUCUUGUGGUUGAGUCAACUGGUAGGAUUUUCUUUUAGACACACUUUGUUUCAUCCAUUUUUCAAACUGUUCCCAGCCUUGGCUCUUGUUUUUUUCUAAGUUGUUUUCAUAUUUUCCAACUCUGAACUUUUUGCUUUUGGUCUUUAAGAAUGUUUGCUUGGCAUUGUUAAUGAUUUCAAAUGAGAUGUUGGUAGCAUUGCAAUGAUCAGGUUAUUGUUGUUUCAUGAUUGGAUUGCUGUAAAUGUAGUGUAAGCUACCUUCACAUUGUUAUUGUCUGUGUGAUAUGUCUGACUCCACAAUUAAGCAUAGAGAAGUCCUUAUAUCAUUAUAGUACUUUUAAAGUUUGGUAUUUUAAAUUUUAUCUUUAGAUUGUAGAAGAAAUGUGUUUUCCUAUCAUAGAGCAUUGUGUAUCCUUUUAAUGAAGCAGACUGACUAGAUACUAAAUGCUCCAUUAAAGAAAAUGAAAAGGGCAUUACUAAGUCUGAAUUCUUUAGAUAGAUAUGUCUGUAUGUAGGUCCUACCCCUCUUGUCUUCUUACAGAACCACUUUUUUUUUUUUAUUGAGGUGAUUAAAAAUGUUCUAGAAACCGCGAAUAGUUGGCCAAUUAAAGCUGUCAUUUAAAGUGAAGUGAUAUUUAUAACAUAGAUACUUCAGCAGCAAAAUUCUUUACUUUUAGACAGAAAGUUCAUAUUUUUGUUGAUGAAAAAAAGUUCUCAUUGCUACAAAUGUGUAAAAAUGUUUUUGCUGUUGGUAACUAUCUGAAGUUAAAUUAUCUCCCUUGUUUCACGUCUGCUCAAAGCUUGGAGGAGAGUGUUGUCAUUUUGAGCUCAUUUUAUUUUUUGUUUAGUGCUCACUGGUUUCAUAUACAUUGCCCAUAUUUGGAGGUUUAUUGUUGCAUAUUCCAGGUGUCUGAAUCCCACUGUUGAUGCAAAAGGUAAUUGGUCUAUGUUUUUCCACUUAAUAUUACUUUAUAGGACAUGCUUUUAAAAAAGUUAUGAUUAAUAAAAUCAUGCACUCUAUCAGCUGUUACUAUUUUGAUGUUCAAGCCUGUCACUGCGCUGUAAUAGGUAUCAGUUGCAAUCUUUUUUGGUGUUCAGGCUUUUACUGAUGAACUGCAAAAGCAAGAUAAGCUAAGUGGCUGGGGGGAUAGAACACUGGAACUCAAACAAGAUCAGCAGUGUGGCUGGGGGGAUAGAACACAGGAGCCCAAAUCCUGUCCUUUAUCCUUUAGGUUUCUGCUGACUUUGUUAGCCAAUGACUACAGAAACAAUCUGACCUGAAGUUAAAAACAAAAUGGCGUGCUUAAAGCCACAAUGAAACAUGAUGUAAAAAGAAAAGCAUAUGACAUGAAAAUGAUUUACCAAAAUGAAGAUCGUUGAGAUUUGAGAGUUUUCAUAAGUUUCACCAAGACAAGUGCAUUUCACCAGAUUAGGUCAUAACCAUUUGUCUCGAGAAAAUCAAAUCUGAAUUACUUUUUUUUUCUCAUUAACAUAUGUUAAAUUUUUUAAAUAUUUUUUUUAAUGACUUGAAAACUGAAAUGUGCCUAAACAUAUUUUUUACCUUUGGCGCUAGACAUAGUAGCAAUAGGAAGUGAAAGUAAUACAUCUGUUCAUGUUUUCUAAAUUUGGUUUCAUUUGUGUCUAGACAAAGCUAUGCACUACAUUUACACCUCUGAAUGGGUUUUUGUUUUUUGAAUGUUGCAUUUAUAUAAAUAUGUCUGUUUCAUUUUCUGGGUUUAUUUUUUCAUUAGUGUCUAGCUCUUCCCUUUCAAUGUCUUUUGAGGAACUAGUUCAACAUUUUAGAACCAGGUUGGAAAAAGGCUUUAGGUCCAUCUAGACAUUGAUAUAAGACAUAUUUCAGAUAAGACACAACUAACUUUUUCACUUUUCAGUUUUAGAUUGAGUCAAUUUAAAUUCUGUACAAAACUAUUGGUCGUGAAUGAGGCGUUAACUAUUAAUAUUAUUCAAAUCUUUUGUUUCACACUUUGCUGAACAAGGCUUUGUUUGGUCUACUGUGUAGAUCUACCUUGUUGAUAUUUUUGAAUGUACAUUGACUUUAUUUGAACAUUUUGGAGUCAAAGUUUUUUAUUAGUUGUUGAAUUUUUUUAUUUUUUUUUAUAGGAUAUUGAAAAUAAACUUUUUUUUACUAAAUAUAAUAUAAUAUACAAUACUCUAAAUGUACUGUAAGACUUGUAACAUUUUAGUAAUUAGAAUUCAACUCUAAAUGCACUGUAAGGUGUUUCCUUUUAGAGAAAUGGAAAAAUAAAUUUUAGAGGCUUAAGUAAUUAAUUACCUUUUUUUUUUUUUUUUUUUUUUUUUUUUUUAAAGAAAUGCUUAUUUGAGAAAAUCCUAUGAGGAUACUAGAGAAAGGGUCAACAUAUUUUCCCCCUUCAGCUAUAUUCUUAAAUAUUGAUCUACUUGUUUGGUUCCAGCACUUUAUCAUUGGAAUGAAUCCUCUUACAAGUAGAUGUCACCAUUCCAUUGGUACAAGCUUUCUUAUGUUGUUAGUUUUAAUGUUAAUGUGAUUUGUUUGGGUGUACUAAGAGGAAGCCCUUGUUUGAGUGUAGAUACUCCAUAGUUUGUACAGAAAGCUGCAUGUAUAUUUGGAUUUGAAACACUUAAAUGUACAGUCUCUGUUGUUUGUUCAUGUACCGGCUUGUUCUUCAAAUACAGACAGUUUUUUGGUGUUUUACUGGAACAAUUGGGCCUACAUUGUGGUCAAAUAGCAUAAAAUGUGUGUACACUAUAACCUUUGUUAUCAUGUCUGAUUUGUUCAUUUCAAUUAAAACUAUGUUGAAAAA